AUGACAAGCAAACUUAUAAACGCUACUUUGUCCAAGAAUUAUAAGAUAGUAAAGAAAUUAGGUAGCGGUGCUUUUGGUGAGAUUUUUCUAGCUAUCAAUCGCCAAAAUGGCGAAGAAUAUGCUGUAAAAGUGGAAGAAGCAAAUAGUCGCCACCCAUAAAUCAUGUUCGAAGCAAAGCUUUACAAUUAUUUAAAUAACGGAAGCUCUUCUGAAAGUGGUUUAAAUAAUAGUAUCAGUGGAACCUCUUCAUAUUCAAGCUCUGAUAAGGGUAUUCCUCGUGUAUAUUUUUGCGGAUAAGAUUAGGGAUAUAACAUUAUGGUAAUGGAUUUGUUAGGAGAGUCUUUAGAAGAUCUUUUUGUAAAAGUUGGCCGUAAAUUCUCAUUAAAAACAGUUUUGAUGUUGGUCGACCAAAUGAUUUAGAGAAUAGAGUUCAUGCAUUCCAGAAAUUUCCUACAUAGAGAUAUAAAGCCUGAUAAUUUCUUGAUGGGUGGUCCUAAAAGAAGCAACAAAUGCUAUUUAAUAGAUUUAGGUUUAGCAAAGCGCUAUAUAGAUAAAUUUGGCAAGCACAUUCCUUAUCGCGAAAAUAAAAAUUUAACAGGAACUGCGAGAUAUGCUUCCAUAAAUACCCAUGUUGGUAUUGAACAAGGAAGAAGAGAUGAUUUAGAAAGUCUUGGAUAUGUAAUAAUGUAUUUCUUGAGGGGUAUUUUACCUUGGUAAAAUUUAAAAGCAGAAGGAAAGAAAGACAAAUACGAGCGCAUUAUGGAGAAAAAAAUGCAAACUCCAGUAGAAGUAUUAUGUAAAGGUUUUCCCACUGAAUUCGCCACUUAUCUCUAAUACUGUAAAAAUCUUCGCUUUGAAGACAAGCCAGAUUACUCCCACUGUCGCUAGCUAUUUAAAUAAGUUAUGACUCGUAAUGGUUGGGAUUACGACUUUGAGUGGGAUUGGAAAGAUUUAGUUAAAAAAGGUAAUUCUGCUUCUAUCCAUAACACAGGUAACAACAAUAAGCAGGUAGCAAAAUCACCUUAGCCAGUCAUUGAAAAUGCACCUAUCUAACGAAAUGGAACUCAAAACGAAUUUGAAGAAAGAAAAGAUUCACAGAACGCUGUAUUGGAAUACUAACAACUUCAACAAAUGGAAAAAGAUCUUCAAAAGAAAUUAGCUUAUCCACCUCUAGGCUAGAGCAAUUCAAAAUAAAUAGGAAACUCAAAAGGCAUCUAGUAACCAUAGACAAAUAAUGCAAAUAACAAUGGAUAUGGAAGAUAAGGGACAGGACUAGCUUAAACCCAAAGCAGCUAAAAAGGUAUACCUCCAAAUACAGCAGUAUUAACUUCUGCAGUACAAAACAAACCAAGUGCCUCAAACGAUUAAAAGAACAUUAAAUAAUAAACACCAGGAAAUUAACAGCUAAAGAGUGGUACACCAAAUACUUCUAAUCAAGUGAAUAAUUAAGUUGGAGGCAAUAAUCACAUAUAUGGCACAAGCAGAGGAUCACUCCAUAACCCAAUAAGCAGUUCAAAUCGUUUUUCAUAUGGUAAAAGAGAGUCUAACGGAUUCCCAUCAAGCUAUGCAAAUAACUAACCUUCUACAUAUAAUGGACCUAAAAUAGUUGUAAAUAAAGCCACUCGCUGA